ACAGUAGCUCGUUUUUGGAACUUAAAACAAUAAUUAAACGUUACAGCACCCAAAAUUUUUCAUUUAUCGCUCUUCAAACGUGAACUUUGACAAUCAGCUGAUUGUGUUUACAUAACCCUACUUUUCCACGUCCUUGCCAUGACAUUGCUUCUCGAACUGUGGAUGCAAAAAUAGCUGCUGCAGCAUGACUGGGGCCAAAAGCCGCCUUUCCAGGCAAGCCAGCAUCAGCAGCAUCACUGAAGAAAACACCCACUUUGACCAGUUCCUCAAAGUCUCCAACUACGAGGACACCGUGCGCCAGCUGGACAUCUACUACGGAAUAGUCAAACGGCAGCUGCUACUUUACCAGAGCCCCAUAACGGGGCUUUUUCCCGUUUUAUCCACUGAUACGAAAAUCGGGAGCGUGCGCGAUAGCGUCUACUGUGCAGCGGCAGUAUGGGGGCUGUAUCAAGCGUACCGACGGAUCGACGACGAUAGAGGAAAGUCGUACGAGUUGGGGCAAUCAGCUGUAAAAUGCAUGCGAGGUAUUCUAGAGUGUUGGAUCAAACAAGCCGCUCGAAUCGAGUUAUUCAAGAAGAAUCAGUGCAACGCACAUGCGCUCCACGUCAAGUUUCACCUAACCACAGGAAACGAGAUUUAUUCAGAUGAUGCCUACAACCACCUGCAAAUUGACGUAGUUUCGAUUUAUUUGUUGUUUUUGGUGCAGAUGAUCACGUCCGGGAUGCAAAUAAUUUACACACAGGAUGAGGUCGCUUUUGUUCAGAAUUUAGUCUACUAUGUGGAGCGGGCCUACCGGACCCCCGAUUUCGGGAUGUGGGAGAGGGGGAGUAAGUACAACGACGGGACUCCUGAAAUUCAUGCCAGUUCCAUUGGGUUGGCCAAGUCGGCACUGGAAGCCAUCAACGGUUGUAACUUGUUUGGGGAAAAAGGGGCCUCAUGGAGCGUGGUUUAUGUAGACAUAGAUGCCCACAAUCGCAACAGGAGUAUUUUUGAGACUUUACUACCACGAGAGUCAAGUUCUAAAGGUGUUGACGCUGCACUUCUGCCAACUAUUUCGUUUCCGGCUUUUGCCACCCACGAAGACCUACUAUACACGGAAGCCAAGAAUAACGUGGUCACUAAAUUAAAGGGAAACUACGGCUUCAAACGGUACAUCCGUGACGGUUAUAAAACCGCGUCUGAAGAUAAAACUAAGCGGUUUUACGACAAAGGCGAGAUCAAACACUUCGAGAACGUCGAGUGCGAGUGGCCCCUAUUUUACAUGUUUAUGAUCAUAGAUGGCGUUUUUAAGUCGCUGCCGGAUCAAAUCUCUACGUAUCAGGACUUGUUGAAAGAUAGGAUCUACUUGGAUCAGAAUGGAGAUCCCGUUAUCCCUCAGUACUACUACGUGCAGACUGAACACCUAGACAAAGAGAGACUCAACCCUAACACCACCCCUCGGAAACCGAGUCCCGACACAGGAAUAUUUCUCUGGAAUCAGGCUAUGUUCAUUUUAGCUCAGCUCCUCACUGGUGGUCUCCUCCACAUCAACGAACUCGACCCAAUCAGGCGCUACCUCCCCUCCUACAACCGUCCGCGAAAAGGCGGCAGAUACUCAGCCUUCCAGGCAAAGUUUUCAGUUGCCAAACCCUCCCUAGGUACGGCCACCGACCUCGUCGUCCAGAUCGUGCUCAUCGCGGAAUCCAUGCGUCUGCAAGCCAUGAUGGCGACGUACGGCAUCCAGACCCAGACCCCGCACGAAGUCGAGCCCGUGCAGAUUUGGUCUUCCACUCAGCUGGUUAAAGUUUACGAAAACUUGGGGGUUAAUCACAAGUUGAAGCUGCAGGGGCGGCCUCUGCGACCGAUCGGGAGCUUAGGCACUAGUAAAGUGUACCGAGUGUGUGGGGCCACCGUCCUGUGCUACCCGCUCAUCUUCGAAGUGUCCGAUUUUUACCUAUACAGGGACAUGGAGCUCCUAAUAGACGACAUAAAGACUGAAUUGCAAUUCGUGGGUAAGUACUGGAGGUUAUCAGGGCGGCCAACCGUCUGUCUUUUGAUACGAGAAGAGCACAUGCGGGAUCCACAAUUCAAAAAAAUGCUAGAUCUGCUCGCCAUGCUUAAAAAGGGAUACUGCGAUGGGGUGAAAGUGAGAGUCGGGAGGUUGCAGAAUUUAAUUUCGAGCUCUUGCGUUGAACAUUUGGACUUCAUGAACGUUUUGGACUUACCUAGUGAUACUUACACUCAGUUUAAGCAGCUGCAGCAUGACUAUAUAGGUUAUCAGAGUUUGACUGACGUGCCUCGGGUACUUAAUUAUCAAGACCAACUCAAAGAUUACUCGCACUUUAAGACUAAGUCGACUUACGAGAUUAUCGAAACGGUUAAGCACGUGGAGAGUUUGUAUGCGAAGUGCCAAUUGUUUGGAAUUUUGUUAAAACGGGAAGGUGGGUCUUUCCUGGUUCUGGACCAUUCGGUGGAAGAGCACCUUCACAGUAUAUACCAUCAAGCUGGGUGUUUGAGGCACUGGGCGGCCGUACGCUAUACCAGCAGCAUGUUGUCGCACAACGUCGACUCGAUUAGCCCCUUCAUAACCGCGGUUCUUGUUCACGGAAAACAGUUGACGGUGGGAGUUAUCGGCCAAAAGGAAACCGUUUUUGACAAACCCUUGACCCCGGCUGAAAUCCAGAACGUGGUCUACAACACCAUCCAACCCUACGACGUCAUUCAAGCAGUCCUCCAACAAGAGGUCAUCCUGUAUUGUGGCCGUCUCAUCUCCACAAACCCCGAACUCUUCAAAGGGAUUUUAAAAAUACGAGUAGGUUGGGUGUUAGAGGCGAUUCGUUGUUAUUUAGAAAUAUUCGGACACACGAGAAAACUAGAGGACCACAGUCCAUACGAAGUGAGGCAGCUUUUAUACAAAGUGUUAUCAAUCAAAGAGUGGGGGUCCAAAGAAAAGCUCACUCCAUUCCAAAAACGCCGCCUCGAGGGUUGUUUGUGUCGCGUCCCCCAGUCUUUUUACCACCAGGUGUGGGACGUGAUGACGCGGACUCCUCAUGGUAUCAAAAUCAAGGAGAAAACACUCCCGCAGCAACCCACGAUGUCCAACAUGGCCCGCUCAGAGUUGACUUUCUCCCUUCUAGUGGAAGAAAUGUUGAAUUGUAUCAAUCAACCUGAGUAUAGGCAACUAGUGGUCGAGUUGUUGAGCAUCGUUUCGACUAUUUUGGGGCGAAAUCCGGAGUUGGUUUUCAGUAAGGUGUUGGAUUUGGAGCAGCUGAUUAAAGACGCGUCGGAGAUGUACGCGAAGGACCAUGGACUGCACGACGAUUGCGUAAAGGUUCUCAUGGAAGGACCGAAGAUUCAGUCGACUGGGUACCUGGCGAGGGCUGUGGUUAAUACUGUGUUAAAAGGGGGGCAGCUGAGUGACGUAGAGCUAGAUUCUGAGUCAUGUCUUGUUUCUUAAGUAGCAUAUGAAUAAAAUAAAUUUGAGUUAGUUUC